AUGUUGGAGGAGGAAGAAGAAGAGCAUUUCAUCAGGCAACAAGAAGCCGAAUUGGUCCGAUGGUACACCGACGUACAUUUACACUUGAACAAUGAUACUCGGAUCCCGAGUCGAUGCGAAUACGGAAUGAUACACAUCGUCGACGAGCUCACCUACUGGGAGGAAAGACUCGCGGACUUGGAAUUCAUAACGGCUGUAAUGCACCGCGUCCGGGUGUCCGAAACAGUGGAACGUUUGAGGAAAGCUGAGUCUGGGUUCGUGAAACUUUACGACAACAUGACUAAUAGUUUGCAAAAAUCAUUAGCCGAAACGAGAUCUAACCUGGAUUACUUACAGAUCCUUAGAGAUACAUCCGUGGAUAUGUACAAUAUAGAAUCUCUGUUCGACAUCAUACCCAUAUUACCGGAUUUGUUUUUAAAGUUUAUUUUCAUAUAUGAAGAAUCUCUUUACUACAAUAAUGUGUUAAACGUAUACGAUAUUGAUGUAGCGAAACCAAAUUUUUCAUUCACCCCUGGAGAUUAUUUCGUGAUGUAUGUGGAUGACAAUGAACGUUAUUACGAUGUUAUUCUCCAAGACUUGAAAAAUCCUCUAAUACACAUAUUCAACGUGCUUGACAAUGAUUGGGCUUACCAUAUCAAGAAUUCCGUCUAUGAUUUGACUACGGAAAUAAUUUGCUGGAAGUUAAUCAAAGUAGGAAUGCCAUACGAGUACUUAGAAUUUACCAAAAUGGCUCGAAAAAUAAGAAAUGUAUAUAAAAAUACGAAAAUGGUUCUCAAGAACUACAAUUACAUUAUUGCAGGCUUAUCCAAACAAGAAGUACAACUGUUUUAUGAAACAAUACAUGCAUGCGUCAAGACAAUAGAUCCGUUGGCUUUUAAAUAUACUUGGGCUCAAUCGGACAAUGUUAACAAAUAUAUUCCCAGGUGUUGUGAACAAUUGGAAUCAAUGAUGUCGUUUUGGGAACACUACCUAGUCAAAAUUGAUAUUCUCAUACAUGAAUCGUUAGUUCUCAAUGUAAGAUGGUCUAUGAAAAACACUUUAGCACAACGAAAUGAUACAGUGUUUUUGAUUAAUGUCAGUUUACAUGGCAGUAAAAUUAUAUACAAUCCAAGUUUAAUACAAUUAGUGGUAUAUUCUAUGAAGCUACUUUUGGAUAUGGCUACAGCAUUAAAAGUCAUACCUAGGUUGUGUCACACAUUUAAAAUGACAAACCUCAAUUUGAUGCCAUACAGCUAUGCGAUCGCCCACGACCGAGUGUGCUCUGAUCUGCAAACGGAGAUCGAUUUUACAACGAAGGAUAUAUUAUUAAGUAUAAAUACUUAUAUGAAAACCUUAAUAAAGUUCAGUGAUAUUUGGACUUUGGACAAACGAGAGCAAUUAAUUAAAUUUCAGUCAUCACCACAUAAUGCGGAUUCUAUUGAUGACAAAAUUAUGUUGUAUGACAAAUCACAUCUACUUUUAGGUGAAACAGUCGAUCUUAUCGAAGGAUUUUAUGAAUACAUUGAAAUGAAUGGUGAACGUGUAAUGUUACCACCAUCAAACCUGGAUGAAAUGGUUAAAUUUAUUGAAUACAAAAAAAAAAUUGAUUUAGAGUGUAGUGCAAAAAAAGAAGAGAUAAAUUUGAUUACAGAAAAUGUUAUUGUUUUAGACAAACACGAAAUACAAAUGUCAGAUGCAUUACGCAGCUUAUACAAUGAUUUACACAAUUCGUGGAAUAAUUAUACAAUCUUAUUGAGCGAGGCGGAGUUAAUGUUAAAAGAGAAACAAGAUGAAUUCCAUGAAAUGGUGUUACAUGAUCAAGAAAUCUUUAGACAAAAUAUUGAAGACUUUAAGAAAAUUUGGGAAGAAUUUAAAGAAACCGAAUCUAAGAAUGUAGAGUUGACCUCGUAUGCUGCUUUGGAUUACAUGUCUAAAAUGGAAGACAAGUAUCAACAAUUAAAAGCCGAAGAAAAGCAAUUGAAAUAUAAUCUUGCAAUAUUUAAUUUAAAAUAUGUGAAGCCACCACAACUUAAUAUUAAAAAAGAAAUGAUUUUCUUGCGUCAAACUUUUACAAUUGCUUAUAAUUGGGACAAUACGUGGAAUAAAUAUAAAUCUGCAAACUUCUGGGAGAUCAAAGUAUCUGAAAUAGAAGUUACUGUACAAAACAUUUACAAAAUGUUAAAUUCGUCAUUGAAAUUGUUAAAAGAUGAAAGUUGGAAAAUGCUAGAAAUCAAACGUGAUAGUUUGGACGCUUUUAGGCGUGUUUUACCACUUAUUAGUGACUUGAAAAAUCCAGCAAUGCGUAACCGGCACUGGGAUGAAGUACGAGAAGCGAUGACUAAAUAUUUUGAUGAAGCUGAUCCCGGUUUCACUUUGGAACUAAUAAUGCAAAUGCAAAUGCAGAAAUACGGAAAUCAAAUAAGUGAUAUUUCAAAUAAAGCAACAAUGGAACUUAAUAUAGAAAACGCAAUAAAAUCAAUAGCAGAUACAUGGAUUAACAUGGAGUUAAAUAUAAAAUAUUAUAGUGAUGAAGAUAUUUAUCGUAUUUCAGUGGCCGAUGAUACAUUACAAUUGUUAGAAGAACAUUUAGUACAAUUAUAUUCUAUGAAAGGAUCAAAAUAUAUUUCUAUAUUUUUCAAAGAUGCUGAUCAUUGGUCAAAAGGUAUUUCCCUCGUCACAGAUGUUCUAGAAAUAACACUUUCUGUUCAAAGGCAACUUCUGUAUGCAAUGAACAUAUUUAAAGGAGAGGAUAUUCGUAUUCAAAUUCCAAAGGAAGCCGACGAAUUUGAUUUAUUAGCAAAAGAGUGGAAAAAGAUAACAUCUAAAAUGUUUACAGACAAGAAUCUGUUCAAGGCGACUCGUUCAAAACCUCUAUUAAGACAAUUGCAAGCUAUGAGAGCACGAUUAGAUGCAACCCAGAGAGCACUUGAAUUAUACAUGGAGACAAAGCGAAACAUCUUUCCUCGGUUUUAUUUUAUAUCCAACGAUGACUUAUUAGAUAUACUAGUACAUUCAAAUAAUCCAAAACGCUUACAGCCACAUUUUAAAAAAUGUUUUGACAAUAUUAACAAAUUAGAACUCUCAGAUAAUGACACAUCAGCCGUAGGAAUGUAUUCGGCUGACGGAGAAUACGUAGUUUUCACAAGUAGAGUCAAGUGUAAUGGACCUGUAGAACAUUGGAUGAGCUCUAUUGAAGCGGUAAUGCGAGAAUCACUUAAAUAUAAGUUAGUACAUGUUUUGGAGGCGUUGAAGAAAAACCUUAAAACUCGUGAUAAAUGGAUAUUAAAAUGGCCAGGACAGUUAUGUAUUACAGCGUCUCAAAUUCAAUGGACAGCUCAAUGUACAAUGGCGUUGUUACAAUCCAAUCAUGCUGGGAAUAGUAAGCCAUUAAAAAAACUCCGAAAACGACAGAAAAAAAUGUUAUUAAAGUUUUCUGAUGCUAUUCGAGGAGACUUAUCAAAAAUAGAUCGAUUAAAAAUCGUUUCAUUGGUAACUAUAGAAAUACAUGCUAGAGAUGUGGUCGAUCAUAUGUAUAAUUCGAGAUGUAUGAAUGUGACCGACUUUGAAUGGAUGUCACAGUUACGGUUUUAUUGGAAUAAAAAAGAAGGUGAACUGACCAUACGACAAACAAAUACUAAUCAGCCUUAUGGUUAUGAGUAUUUAGGAAAUUCUGGAAGAUUAGUCAUCACACCAUUGACCGAUAGAUGUUACAUCACAAUGACUACCGCACUAAAUUUGUUUCGUGGCGGUAGUCCAAAAGGACCUGCGGGUACAGGAAAAACUGAAACUGUAAAAGAUUUAGGGAAGAAUUUAGCUUAUUAUGUCAUUGUCAUAAACUGCUCUGAUGGCUUGGAUUAUAAGAGCAUGGGACGUAUGUUUUCUGGGCUUUCACAACAAGGCGCUUGGGGUUGUUUUGACGAAUUUAAUCGUAUAAACAUUGAAGUAUUGUCAGUCGUAGCACAACAAAUACUGUCAAUAUAUUCUGCUCUUGCAGCUCAAAAAGAUAAAUUUAUGUUCGAGGGCUCGAUAAUAAACCUUAUACCUACAUGUGGUAUUUUUAUAACAAUGAAUCCUGGAUACGCUGGUAGGACAGAACUACCUGACAAUUUAAAGUCAAUGUUCCGUGCCAUAUCCAUGAUGGUUCCUGAUAGCAAACUCAUUGCUGAGAUUAUGUUAUUUGGAGAAGGUUUUAGAGAAACCCGAGUUUUAGCCAAUAAAGUGUUUGUUUUGUUCGUGUUGUGUAAACAAAAACUUAGCAAACAAGAUCAUUAUGAAUUUGGACUUAGAGGUUUGGUUUCAUUAAUAAGGUAUGCUGGGCAAUGUAGACGACAAAAUCCACAUAUGUUAGAUGAUGAGGUACUAUUAUUGGCAAUGCAUAACAUGAAUUUAGCAAAACUUACAGUAGAUGAUCUUCCAAUAUUUUUGGGCAUCGCGAAAGAUUUAUUUCCCACUAUCACUCUACCAGAAGUAAAAAAUGACAUACUUAUUCGUGCAAUAAAGCAAUGCAUGGCAAAUAAAAACCACCAACCAUCAGAAUCUGCCAUUGCAAAAAUUAUUCAGUUGUACGAAACCAAAAUUUCUAGGCAUUCUGUUAUGCUAUUGGGGCACACUGGAGCCGCAAAAACUUCUACAUGGGAAACUCUAAAAGAAACAAUGGCAUUAUUAAACUCUGAAAAGGUUGAAUUAUUUGAAACAGUUACUGAAUAUCCUUUAAAUCCAAAGGCACUUACUCUGGGUGAGCUGUAUGGAGAAUAUAAUGCUUCAACUCAAGAAUGGAAGGAUGGUGUAUUGUCAUCUUUGAUGCGCUUAGUUUGUUCAGAUAUUCAAAUGAAUCAAAAAUGGAUACUUUUCGAUGGCCCAGUCGAUGCACUUUGGAUAGAAAAUAUGAAUUCAGUUAUGGAUGACAACAAAGUCUUAACGCUUAUAAAUAGCGAGCGAAUUACAAUGCCUGAACAGGUAUCCCUCCUUUUUGAAGUUGAAGACUUAGCUGCUGCAUCUCCCGCAACUGUUUCUAGAUGUGGAAUCGUGUACAAUGAUUAUAAAGAUUUUGGUUGGAAAUUGUAUUACAAGUCAUGGUUGAACAACUGUGAAUUUCAACCAUACAAGAUUAAUAUAGUAAAAAAUUUUGAGAAAUAUGUAACUGCUGUGCUAGAAUUUAAAAAGUUGAACUGCGUUGAAACUGUUCCUUUACCCGAAUUGAGUUCUAUUGUUACGUUAUGCACAUUGCUGGAAUGUUUUACAUUUAAUGAUUUAGCUAUUAAUAUGCCCACCGGAUUAAAUUCCGAUGAUUACGAUCACCUAAUUAAGCUAUGGUUUCUUUUUUGUGUGGUUUGGUCAAUUUGUGCAGCAGUUAAUGAAGACGGCCGUAAGAAAAUUGACACUUUCUUUAGAGAAAAAGAAGUAGUAUUUCCAGUAAGCGAUACAGUUUAUCACUAUUAUGUUGAUACAAAAACUGCACAGUUUUAUCACUGGGAUAACUUUUUGCGAGAUAGUUCUUGGAUAUACAAAACAGAGUUACCUUUUUUCAAAAUUAUCGUACCCACAAUUGACACUGUUCGUUACAACUAUCUUGUAGAAGCAUUUUUAAGUAAAAAGCGGCCCGUAUUAUUGGUUGGUCCAGUUGGCACUGGCAAAACGUUGACCGUUCAAAAAGCACUGGAAGUUUUGGAUAAAAAUAAAUUUUUAUGUAUAACAAUUAAUAUGUCAGCACAAACUACAGUGCAUAAUGUCCAAGAAACUAUUGAAGGAAGAUUGGAAAAACGUACAAAGGAUACUUACGUUCCUCUAUCAAAUAAAACGUUGGUGACAUUUUUGGAUGACAUGAAUAUGCCUGAAAAAGAAAUUUAUGGUGCUCAGGCACCACUAGAAUUGAUUCGACAGUGGAUAGACUACGAGUUUUGGUUUGACCGACAGACUAGGUUACUGAAGUACGUAAAGAAUAUGCUGUUGAUUGGUGCCAUGGGGCCACCCGGAAGUGGCAGGAGCUCCAUUAGUAACAGGCUGUUGAGUUGCUUUAGCGUGAUAAACUUGACAUUUCCCGAAGAAGCUCAAAUAUCAAAUAUUUAUGUGUCAAUGUUAAGUCAACAUCUGAAAUCAUUUGUAGAACAUAUACGCAACUUAAGAAAUGGAUUAACUAACAUGACAAUUAACCUUUACAAAAGCAUAGUAGCUAACUUGCUGCCAACACCUGCCAAAAUGCACUAUUUAUUCAAUUUAAGGGAUAUAUCUAAAGUAUUUCAAGGCCUGUUGCGCAGUAAUACUGAUUACCAGACAACUGACAAUGCAAUGUUGCGGCUUUGGUGUAAUGAGGUGUUCCGCGUAUUUAACGACAAAUUAAUCGAUGAAAAAGAUCGAGAAUGGUUCAUGGAGCAAAUGAAUGUUCAACUGGGAAAACAUUACGAUGUGACUUAUCGAAGUCUAUGCUCAUCAGAACAAGGUCUAAUAUUCUGUCAUUUUUUGAACAAACAUUCACAGUACGAAGAAGUUACCGACGAAAAAUAUCUACGUGAAUUUGUCGACGAUAGCAUAAAAGAAUACAAUUUAAGCUUUGGAGUUAUACCAAUUAACCUCGUAUUAUUUAGGGACGCCAUCGACCAUGUAUGUCGCAUUGUCAGAGUUAUAUCCCAACCAAGAGGCUAUAUAAUGCUGGUCGGCAUUGGUGGAUCUGGACGGUCCUCACUUUCGAAGGUUGCUAACUGGCUAUGUGAAUACAACAUGUUUACAAUAGAAUUGAAUAAAUCGUAUGGAAUAGCAGAUUUCAAAGAAGACUUAAAACGCCUGUACUAUCAAACAGGAGUGAGGGAUCAACAAACGUCGUUUUUGUUUAGUGACACCCAAAUUGUCAAUGAAACGUUUUUGGAGACCAUAAAUAACAUAUUAAGUACUGGUGAAGUACCACAACUGUACAAGGAGGAAGAGUUUGACGAGAUAAAAGAGCAAUUAUCUCCCGCUGCUAAAAAAGAAGGUAUUCCGGAAACAACAGAUGACAUUUAUUCAUUUUUCUUAGAUCGCGUCAGAAACAAUCUACACAUUAUUCUAUGCCUUAGUCCGAUUGGAGCCAAAUUUCGAACGCGUUUGCGUCAAUAUCCUUCAUUGAUAAAUUGUACUACAAUCGAUUGGUUUUUGGAUUGGCCUAAAGAAGCUUUACUGGAGGUGGCAUAUAGCUCUCUUACUACAAUAGAAAUCUUGGAAACUAUAACUGGCGCACCAAGAGUAAGAUUAAAAGUAAUUUACAGCAAACCAAAUACUACAUUGAUGAUUUAUUUACUAUACAUUUUUAUUUCAUAGAGUGAGCUAAAACUAUGCAUUGCAAAUUUAUUUGCUGUUAUUCACCACUCAGUAGGAGAAUGUUCCAGACUGAUGAUUUUAGAAUUAAAGAGAUACAAUUACGUUACACCGACAAAUUAUUUAGAACUAGUAACUGGAUAUAAAGAAACAUUACGUAAUAAACGAAUCGAGCUUGCAAACAAAUCGAAUAAAUUAAGAAACGGCUUGUAUAAAAUAGAUGACACCAGUGCAAAAGUAGCUGGAAUGACAGUAGAUUUAGAAAAAGCAACUAAAAUUGUUCAGGCAUAUACCGUCGAGUGUGAUCAAUUUCUUGAAGUUAUUUUAAAGCAAACCUCAAUAGCUGACCAACAAAAAACUGAAGUUGAUGAGAAAAGUAUUAAAAUCAAAGAAGAAGAAAUUGUGUGUAAAGAGUUGUAUAGAUUGGCUAUGAUUGAUUUAGAAAAAGCAUUACCUGCACUAGAGGAAGCUAUGGAGGCUUUAAAUGCACUCAAUAAAAAAGAUCUUGCUGAAGUAAAAUCUUUUUCAAAACCCCCGCAUAGAGUUAAACUAGUGUUAGAAGCUGUGAUGAUAUUAAAAGAAUCUGAACCUAGUUGGACUGAAGCCAAAAGACAGUUAGGAGAUCCAAAUUUUCUAACGCAGCUAAAAGAUUUUGACAAAGAUCAUGUGUCACAAAAAGUAUUAAGAAAAAUAAAUGCAUUUACAUCAAAUCCAGAGUUUGAACCUGAUAAAGUAGGAGCUCAAUCAGUGGCUGCUAAAUCACUUGCUCAGUGGGUCAUCGCAAUAGAAAAAUAUGCAAUAAUUUACAAAAUUGUAGCUCCCAAAAAAGAAUUUGCAGAAGCAGCAUUGGCCGAUCUUAAUGAAAAGGAAGCUGAACUACUUACUGCUCAGCUGAAAUUAUCACAAAUUCAAAAGCUGUUAUUGAAAUUAAAAAUUGAUUUUGAUAUAAAAAUGGAAGAAAAGGAGCAACUAGUUAAAAAGGCUGAUACUUUGAAAAGAAAUCUUGAUAGAGCAGCAUCAUUAAUCGAAGGACUAUCUGACGAAAAAAUACGAUGGACGGAAACUGUAAAACAAUUAGAUAUAUAUUUUGACUAUUUACCAGGUGAUUGUUUACUGAGUAUAGCAUUCAUUUCAUACAUGGGUCCAUUUCUAUUUAAGUAUAGAGAUAUACUUUUGAAAUUAUGGACAAAUUCAGUAAAAGAUAUGAAAAUUCCAAAUAAUCCAUCAUAUGACAAUAAAGAUUUUUUAUCUGAUCCGGCUACUAUAAGAAACUGGAAUAUCCAUGGCUUACCCAACGAUGACUCAAGUACAGAAAAUGCUAUCAUAAUCAGCCGUAGCUCGCGGUGGCCUUUAGUUAUAGAUCCACAAUGUCAAGCAUUGAAAUGGAUAAAAAACAUGGAAGCAGAAAAUGAAUUGAAAAUCAUUGAUUUUUGUUUGCCAAAUUACAUGAGUAUUUUAGAAAUGUCAUUACAAAACGGAAAUCCAACACUGUUGCAAAUAACUUCUGAACAUCUCGAUCCAUCAGUGAUGCCAGUUUUAUCGAAAUCUAUUAUUGAAAAAGGAAAUGAGCUUUUUAUUAAAAUGGGAGAAAAGAUGUUACCAUAUAAUGACAAUUUUAGAUUUUUUAUAACAACUAAAAUAAGAAACCCGUAUUAUCCUCCUGAAAUUUUUACACGAACAACAGUAGUUAAUUUUGCAAUUAAAGAAGAAGGGCUUGAAGACCAACUUUUGGACGUUGUUAUCACAAUGGAAAAACCAGAAUUGAAAAUACUUAAAGAUAAUUUGAUAAUUAACAUCGAUCAAGGGAAAAAGACACUGGUUGCACUAGAAGAUGAACUACUUAGACUACUCAAUGAAAUUGAAGGAUCACUGUUAGAAAAUGAUGAACUUUUUCAAACAUUAGCUUCUUCAAAAGUGACAUCAGUAACUGUAAAUGAACAACUUGAAAUUUCUUUUUCGACUCAAAUUGAUAUUGAUGUUGCUCGUGAGGGUUACAGAACUUGUGCUAAACGAGCCUCAAUUUUAUUUUUUGUCCUUAAUGAACUCAAUCAAAUCGAUCCUAUGUAUCAAUUUUCGUUGGAUGCAUAUAUGAGUUUAUUCCAGAAUUCAAUAAGGAAGAGUGAAAAAAAUGAAAGACUCUUUGAAAGAUUAAAUCAUUUAAAUGCUUACCAUACAUAUGCGGUUUAUAAAAAUACUUGCAGAGGGUUGUUUGAAGUUCACAAAUUAUUAUUUUCAUUUCAAAUAAUUAUAAGUUUAUUAAUGGCUGAUGACUUAAUACCUGCGUAUGAAAUGGAGUUUCUUUUAAAGGGUGGUAUCGUAGUUAAUAAAGUAGAACAGGCAGAAAACCCUUGUGCAUCUUGGUUGUCACCGUCAAAUUGGGAUAAUAUUUCUGAAUUAAAUAAAUUGCCAGGCUUUCUGGGAGUAGAAAAAUCAUUUGAACAGUUUUCUCGAGAAUGGAAACAAUGGUAUAUGUCUUCAAAUCCGGAAUCAAUAAAUCUUAUUGGUAAAUGGAAUGAGAACACUAAUUCAUUUCAAAAAAUGUUAUUCGUAAGAUCUUUGCGAUUAGACAGAUUAUCAUUUGCAAUAACAAAUUUUAUUUCCGAUAAACUCGGUCCUAAGUUUAUAGAACCACCAGUUAUGGAUGUCAAAAGUGCUCUAGAAGAUUCUAGUUGCAAAACCCCAUUAAUAUUUUUAUUAUCUCCCGGAGUAGAUCCAACUAACACAUUAGUUGGUUUGGCUACAAGUAACAACGUAUUGUAUGAAUCUCUAUCUCUGGGUCAAGGUCAAUCAUUAGUUGCAACACAUUUAAUUGAAGAAGGACAACGAACAGGAAAAUGGAUAUUCCUUGCCAACUGUCAUCUUUCUUUAUCAUGGAUGCCGCAGUUAGAUAAAAUAGUUGAUAUUAUGCAAGACGGUAAAUCUCACCCGGAUUUCAGGCUGUGGUUAAGUUCAAAUCCUGAUCCUAACUUUCCGAUAUCACUAUUACAAAGUGCUAUAAAAAUGACAACCGAACCACCAAAAGGAUUAAGAGCAAAUAUGAAACGUUUGUAUCAGAACUUAACUGAUGAAAAAUUUGAUAAAUGCAAUUCAAAAGAAAAAUACAAAAAACUAAUAUUUUCUCUUUGCUUUUUUCAUUCAAUAUUAAUUGAAAGAAAAAAAUUUCAAAAUCUUGGGUGGAAUGUGAUUUACAGUUUUAAUGAUUCCGAUUUUGAGGUGUCAGAAAAUUUGCUAUCCAUAUAUUUGGAUGGAUAUGAAGACACCCCUUGGAAAGCUUUAAAAUAUUUGAUUGCUGGAAUUUGUUACGGGGGUCACGUUACUGAUAACAUGGACCGAAGACUCUUAGAUACAUACAUUAGUCAAUAUUUUAAUGAAGAUGCAAUUAAUACUCCACAUUUCAAGUUAUCUUCGCUGUCAACUUAUUUUAUUCCAAGAGAUGGUGAUCUUCAAAUGUACAGAAAUUAUAUUGACUCAUUGCCAAUCGUGGAUAGCCCUGAAAUAUUUGGACAACAUUCUAAUGCUGAAAUGGCUUCCUUGAUGGGAGAGAAUCGUAUAAUUUGCGAUGCCCUCAUGAUUUUACAAGGACAAUCAACAGUGGCUGAAGAAAAUACAGAAGGCAAAGUUUUAGACUUAUCUUCUAAAAUUCUGAAAAAACUACCUGAUCUUAUUGAUUAUGAAACUACUGCAAAAAAUGUCAAAAGGAACCCCUUGGAUAUUGUACUGCUACAAGAGGUACAACGUUAUAAUAGUUUAUUGAGUGAAAUUAAAAUGUCAUUAAUCAACCUAAUGAAAAGCAUCAGAGGGUUAGCAAUAAUGACAUCUGAUCUUGAAAGGAUAUUCCAGUUUAUAAAUGAUGGUAGAGUUCCUGGUCAAUGGCUCAAAGCAUAUCCUUCAUUAAUGUCUCUGGGACCAUGGACCGAAGAUUUAAUAGAAAGAAUCAAUCAUUUUAAAAUUUGGGCAAACAAAACCCAUCCUCCGAUUUUAUUUUGGUUGGGAGCUUAUACUUACCCAAUUACUUUUUUGACAGCUGUAUUACAGAUUCAUUCACGAAGUUCGAAUAUAGCAAUAGAUUUACUUUAUUGGGAAUUUAUUCCAAUACAACCGGAGAGAGAAUCACUAGCUCCAAAAGAAGGAGUUUACAUACGUGAUCUUUAUUUAGAAGGAGCUGAUUGGAAUUUCAAAAAAUCAUGUUUGUGUGAAUCGGUACCAUUAAAAUUUAUUUCCAACUUGCCGGUUAUACAUUUUAAGCCCAUAGAAAGUGCAAAAAUCGCAAAAAAUUUCUACCAAUGCCCUAUAUAUUAUUAUCCUUCGAGGUGUGGAGAAGGAAAAGAAUCGUUUAUAAUCAUGAUGUACCUUGACAGUGGAUCGGAAUCUCCAGAGUAUUGGAUAAAACGAGCAACAGCAGUAUUACUUAGUUUAUCAGCCUAA